GGCCUGCUCUGUGGCCAUUUCCAUGAGUCACUUGCUUCAUUUCCAUAGUCCAUAUGGAUCCAUCAGACUUCCCGGUGACGUCAUUCAAGUGGAGGCGCUCUUUAAGCUGUCUCUCGCCGCUCGCGGCAGUUUCAUUUCACUCUGGACAGACACGGUCGGUUGUGUCAACUAGUUGUCACUCUUCUUUUUUUAAUGGAUGUGUAGCCUACCUUGGGAUUGAUUUGGAGCAACCUCUUAAGACUUUCAAACUCUUAGCCUGUUUGGGCACAUAACGCCAUGGCCACGAUAACAUGUCGAGUGCAGUACCUGGAGGAUACGGACCCAUUCGUUUGCACAAACUUUCCUGAGCCACGAAGACCUCCGCCAUACAACUUCUAUGAAAAUAGCCCUCUUAGCGAACAAAUUGCCGGAGUUCACAAGCUGUUGGAGGCACCAUUGAAGUUGGAGGAAUGUGCCCUGCAGGUGGCUCCCAAUGGAAACUACCUGGACCUGGAGUUAUCUCUGACAGAACAGAGGGACGACCUAGAGCAUCUUUUCGAGGACCUGGAGAAAGGAAAAAAGCCCAUCUUGAUUCUGCGCACUCAGCUGUCUGUGAGAGUCCACUCCAUCCUAGAGAAGCUGUACAACUCCCAUGGCCCUGAGCUCCGGCGCUCCCUGUUCUCCUUAAAGCAGCUGUUCCAGGAUGACAAAGACCUGGUGCCAGAGUUUGUGAAUUCAGAUGGGCUCACCUGUUUCAUCAAAGUAGGGGCAGAGGCCGACCAGAACUACCAGAACUACAUUCUCAGAGCCCUGAGCCAAAUCAUGCUGUUUGUGGACGGGAUGAACGGCGUCAUCAACCACAAUGAGACUGUGCAGUGGCUCUACAUCCUCAGUGGCAGCCUGUCUCGGCUGGUGGUGAAAACCUCUCUGAAGCUGCUUAUCGUGUUUGUUGAGUACACAGAAGCCAACUGCCCACUGCUCAUUCAGGCUGUCAACACUGUGGAUGCCAAAAGAGGGGUGAAGCCAUGGAAGUAUCUGAUAGAGAUCCUGGAUGAGAAGAAUGGCUCCGACACGGAACUCCUUGUGUACACCAUGUCUCUCAUAAAUAAGACUCUCGCAGCUCUGCCAGACCAGGAUUCCUUCUAUGACGUUGCAGACUGUCUAGAACAGCAGGGGAUGGAGAACAUCAUGCACAAGCACAUGAAUACCAAGGGGACCGAAGCAGACCUCAAGCAGCAGUUCACUAUAUACGAGAAUGCGCUGAAGUCCGAGGAUGGGGAGCUCGAGGAGUCCUCCCCACACAUCCGCAAGGAGCGCCGCAAGGGGGCAGCCAGCGAGCAGGAGGGCAGGAGGAGCCGGAGGUCCUCGGCCAACUUCCCCGAAGUGCCUCACUCUUCCUCCCCGGCCUCCCCAGUCUCCCCCACCUCCUCCACCAGCCCGUUCUCCUCCUCCUCCCAGAGCCGCACCACCUCCCCCCAGCCCUCCGAGCCCUGCAGCCCCCUGCCCCUUUCCACUCCCACCUCAAGCUGCAGCUCCCAGAGAUCCUCCCCUGUGCCGCUCCCUGUGGCAGCCAACGGUACUGCAUCCCCCCAACAGGAGCAGGAGCAGCGGGCCUUUCCCACUCAGGGGCGAUCUUUCGUCAGUCAGUACAUGUCGUCUAUGGGGAUUUCUAGGAGGUCAAGGUUGUUAAACAAGGCUGGGUCAAUAACAGAGGAGCCCUCAGCAGCCUCUAACAGUGAGUCUCCCACAGACACUGCUCCACAGGAGAACCAUUCCCAGACGACCACAGAGCAGCCGAUCAAGACGGAGAGCAGGAACGUCUUUAAACUGCACCAAGCCGACAGUGUUUGCUCGGAGGGUUGCGACGUAUCUAAGGACCGUCCGGUUCUUAUGAACUAUCAAGACACCUUCCUGCGCAGCCUGGCUGCCACUCACAGGGACCGGGACAGGAAGAGGAGGUCUGCCGUGGCCAAGGAGCGCCGGGCGUCCAGGGACCAGAGCAGCCCUGGCCCCGCUGAGGGCGACGUGUGCUCCCCUACUGAGCCGAGCCCCAGCUCACCCACUGAAGGGACGUCAGGGUCUGGUGGAUCGGAGCCCCUUUCGGCGAACUCCACAGAAGCCCCGUCUACUCCCAGCACCCUGGAGCAGUCAGGAGACGCGCAGUCGACCCAUAAUGAAGCAGGUGGCACUGUUCAGCGACAGGGCAGUGUUGCCGAGCAGCACAACACCCUCUCCAAUGACAGGAAGUUCAUGCUGGACAUGCUCUAUAGCAAAAACAGCAGCGGCGGGGGGACAGCGCUGAAGAGCCCGGGUCUGAGCGAGGGCUCGGCGGAGACGGAAGCCGGCCUGGAGCACCUGGGCAUCACCAGCCUGGCCGGCCGCCUCUCCAGCCUGCAGUCGCGCCAGGCCCAGCCCACCGAGGACCAGUCCCGCAGGGCGGAGCUGGAGGGCCUGGGGGGCAGCGCACAGGCGGCGCGCGCCCGGCUGGCAGAGGAGCAGCAGCACCGGAGGGUGCGCCCCCAGUACAGCAUCGACGCGGAGACCCACGCGCGCAGCCUGGAGAAGACCCAGAUGACGCCGCUGCCCCGCGACAGCCAGGACGCCUGGGACCAGCUCCAGCCAAGCUCCCGGGCCCUGCGCAUCAAGGACCUGGACUUCUCCGACCUCAAGGAAGAGGAGGACAUCGACGUGCUGGACAUGGACGCGUUUGACUCGGGCUUGUCCAAUGGAAUCCCCCCUCCUCCACCUCCUAUGCCGGGUCUGGGUGCUGCUCCACCGCCACCUCCUCCCCCGCCCGGCCCACCUGGGAUGGCCUCUCCUCCACCCCCACCCCCUCCUCCUCCAUGUGGGGGUCCACCUCCCCCACCUCCUCCACCAGGCAUGCCCCCUCCAGCCCCCUUGCACGCGACAGACCCAGUCUUCGCUAAGAAGAGGAAAACGGUGAAGCUGUUCUGGAAGGAGCUGAAGCAGCCGGACAGUCCCAGGAAGUGCCUCUUUGGCUACGGCACGGUGUGGGCAUCUCUAGACAAGGUCACGGUUGAUACCGCCAAGCUGGAGCACCUGUUUGAGUCCAAAGCUAAGGAGUUACCCGUCGCCAAGAAAGGACCUGAGACAAAGAGGUCAGAAAUCCUCGUUCUGGAUCCUAAGAGGAGUAAUGCCAUCAACAUAGGCAUGACUGUCCUUCCUGCCAUCAAUGUCAUCAAAACUGCCAUUCUCAACUUUGACGAGUUUGCCAUCAACAAAGAGGGAAUUGAGAAAAUACUCACAAUGACGCCGACCGAAGAGGAGAAGCAGAAGAUCCAGGAGGCUCAGCUGGCCAAUCCAGACGUGCCCUUGGGGACGGCCGAGCAGUUCCUGCUAACGCUGUCCUCCAUCAGCGGCCUUACAGCGCGCCUUCAGCUCUGGGCCUUCAAGCUCAACUACGAGACUCUGGAGAAGGAGAUUGCAGAGCCGCUGUUUGACCUGAAGCUAGGCAUGGAGCAGCUUGCCAAGAACAAAACAUUCAAACGCAUCCUGGCAACCCUCCUGGCCGUCGGCAACUUCCUCAACAGCACCAGCGCUAAAGGGUUUGAACUGAAUUACCUGGAGAAGGUGACUGAGGUGAAGGACACGGUGCACAGGCAGACCCUCCUGCACCACACCUGCAACUUUGUGGUGGAGAAUUUCCCCGACACGUCAGACGUGUACUCUGAGGUCCCUGCCAUCACACGAUCUGCCAAAGUGGACUUUGAGCAGCUGUCUGACAACCUGGUGCAGUUGGAGAGGAAGUGCAAGAACUCCUGGGACAAUCUGAAGGUGGUGGCCAAACAUGAGACCAAGCCACUGCUCAAGAACAAAAUGACCGAGUUUCUGAAGGACUGCACCGAGAGGAUCAUUAUCCUUAAGGUGGUGCAUCGGCGCAUCAUCAACAGGUUCCACUCCUUCUUGCUCUACCUUGGCCAGCCAUCUUACUCUGUGCGAGACACAAAGGUCACCCUGUUCUGCAAGAUUAUCAGUGAGUUCUCCCUUGAGUACCGCACCACUCGAGAGAGGGUUCUGACCCAGAAACGAAAGCGGGCUGCCCACCGGGAACGAACAAAGACCCGAGGGAAAAUGAUUACUGAGACUGAGAAGUUCUCUGGAGCCGUUUCACCACAGACCCAAGAUAGCCCUUCUCCCGUCUCUACGGUAACAGAUUCUGAACCUGCUGAGGAGGAUCAUGAGAACAUGAAGAACUUGCUCAUAGCCAACGACAACAACCACAAACUCAGAAGAUCACGUGGAAUUAGAGGCUUGGAAAGGGUCAGUCCAUCAGCCAAAGAGGACAGUGCUAGUUCCCAGGACGAUGCCACAGAUGAGAUCAUGGAUCGCUUGGUUAAGUCUGUUACACAGAAUCCGUCUGAAAGAGCAUCCAGUCCCAAAACACGCAAACGUUCCCGACUGAACCGGAAGUCAUUGCGGAGGACACUCAAGAGUGGCCUGAGUCUUGACGUGGUGCAGGCUCUGGGACUCCACAAAGCCAACGAGAAGGUCUGAAGAAAGACUUUUAAAAAUAAAAUGCAGAGAAAAGACAGCUAAAGAGAGAGCAAGAUCUGCGUCCUAAACUGACCGAAGACCCAGGUCUCGUCAGAAUACAAAGGCCUGAUCAGCAUGGCCAUUCAGAGGAGCCCAGUGAAGUAACCCCAGUGGAUUGGAUGUCACCAGUGAUAUGCUGAGUCUGAGGUUGAAACAUAUCAACCCUUUAGGAUAGGCGUCAUGCCUAACAAAUCCACAACAGCAGGGAUAGUCGGACUGCCGUGUUUUAUCCAGUGAAGCAGAAGUAUUAUUUUUUAACAUAUUAAAUAUGUAGAUGUUUGAUGUAGCAUAUUAUACAGCCAUGGUGUAUGUUUUAAGUGGGUAUUUUGUACAGAUUUGAGUAACUUGUUAAUAUAAAUGACGAGCCUGUUGAUAUUGUAUUUCCUAAAUGACCAGACAUUAUAGGGAGCCCCUAUUUUUUUUUUUUAGUUCUGGUCACAGUGUGAAAGGGAUGUUUUUUUGUUUGUUUGUUUGGUUUUUUUUUUUUUAAAGAAAAAUGUAAUGGCGAAGAGGAAAGACAUAGUAAAGAGUACUGUGGAUAAUGUCAUGUAUACUCUUGGGCAAAGGUCAUACAGGUUAUCAAACUAACAGUAUCUCAAGGAGGUUGGGUCAGGAUGCAUAAUGGAGGUCAUGUUUAGUUUAGUGUUUUUUUUUUAUUUGUUGAUUUUCAUUUAUCUCACCACUUGCAGACGCCAUCACUCAAUAUGUGUCUGUACUAUGAGCAAAUGAUCAAACUGGGCGAACACAGGGAAAGUACUGUAGCACACACCUAAAAGGCUGACAUGAAUUGUUUCGACUUAUUUUGUCACGCCAGUCUCUUUUUACACACAUUCUGUUUUGUGGAUCCACUGUUACUAAUUCUAAUCAUGGUCACAGGGGUUUUAGAAAUGUACAUGAAAAUAUUGAAGUGAUGCAAAACUUCACAAUUUAAUAUAUACACUAGCUCAGCUAUUAUGAACGGUUUCGAUAGUUUUUUUUCUUUUGGAAAUAACUGCUUUUUGCACAAAUGGUUGUAGCCUGCUGUAUGGUAAGGUUUUUUGGUGGUAUUGGCAUGAUAUUAUUCAACGACGCGUUGAUUCAAGGUGCAUUCGUAAGUUCUUUGACCCUAAAUAUUUGACUGAUGCAUGUUUACAUUGAAUGUAUAAGUAGAUAUGAAUGAAAUUUUUUGGAGAAGAAAAACUUUUCAUAUUAUUAGGCACAUAUUUUACCCGGAAAAACUUUUGUCUGGCGUGCGAUAUUUGUCGUCAUAUUAACCCAGUCAUGAUCCUUCUGUUGAAACUGUUUGUACACAAUAAAUGGAUAUGUAUUAUUUUGACUUUGUUCCCAGAUGAUAAUGAGUUUUAUCGAAAUUAAAGGAUCCUAACCGAAAAAUA